AAUGAUGAGUGGAAUGAACAGAGCAAUGAAGGGUGUUUCAUUUGAUGAAAUAAAUGAGAGAAUUGCUAGAGACUUUGGCUUUCUUAAUAAGGUGUUUUCAUGGUCUUUGGAUGAUAUCUUCAAUGAUAAUCUCUAUAGUGAGAAGGUCAUGCAAAUUCCAGAUUCCUUUGAGACUAUAUCAGAUUAUUUAAGAUCCUAUGUUUAUCCGCUUUUAGAAGAGACACGGGUAGAUCUUCGUUCAAGUUUGGAGAUACUAUCAAGAGCACCUUAUGCUGAAAUAGUGCAAUAUCAUCCAAGCGGACGUGAUCAAUCUCAACAUUUGUAUGACAUUCAAGUAGAUGAAUGGAGAAACAGAUUUAAUGAUCGGGGCAAGGAGCCAUACAAAACUUUGCCGGGUGAUAUAUUUGUCCUAGUGAAAUCUCGGCCUGAAACAAUCUAUGAUUUGCAAACGCUGGCACAAAUAUGGACAUUGGCCUCGGUAACAAAAAUUCCCAAAGUCGAUUCAGAGUACGAGGUAGAUGAUAAUAGUUCAUCAACGUCUUUCAAAGUGAUAGCAUCAAAGGACUUCGAUUCAAAGGAUAGGGAAGAUGAUAACAACUCUCUUUUUCUGGUGUUUUUGAUGAAUAGCACCACCAACAAAAGAAUAUGGAAUGCCCUACACAUGUCUAAAAAUACGAGAAUCAUCCAGGGAGUUCUGCAAAUGAACAACGCGGAUGAAGACGGUCAGAAUCCUUGUGGUUCAUUUAACAAUGACUGCUUUUUUGAAGACUCUUGUAUGGAAAGUUUAAAUUCCUCGCAAAAAGAGGCUGUCGUAGCUUCACUGCAAGCAGUACAGUGUGAGAAUUUGUCUCGUGUUCAACUUGUCUGGGGUCCACCAGGGACCGGAAAAACAAAAACUCUUGGUACUUUAUUAUAUUAUCUCAGGAGAAUGAACAUUAGAACAUUGAUAUGUGCUCCAACAAAUGUUGCCAUCACAGAAGUAGCUGGUCGCCUUUUGGAGCAAAUUACCAGCUCGUUUCCAAAGGAUUCAGGAGGCUUCUUGGGAGAUAUACUCCUCUUUGGAAACAAACAACGGUUAAAAGUAGGAACAAAAAUAGAAGAUGUAUACCUUGAUUAUCGUCUCAAGAGACUAGCUGAAUGUUUUGCUCCCAUAACUGGAUGGAGGAGCUGUUUCAUAUUGUUAUCAAAUUUUUUAGAGGAUUGUGCUUCCCAAUAUGAAGUAUAUGUGGAAAAUGUGUUGAUCAAAAGCCGGGAAGAAGGCAUUGAUGAACGUGAUUGUACUGGAAAAAUCGAACCGUUUCAUGUUUUCUUUAGAAAUCGGUUCAAGGCAGCUGUAAAACCUGUCAAGCACUGCAUUUCUAUUUUUUGCACCCAUGUGUCUAAAGGUGUCAUUGGCGAACAUAAUCUGACAGAGAUGAUGUUUCUCAUGACUCUGCUCGAGUCCUUUGAAGAAUUAGUAUUUCAAGAUGGUUUGAUUUCUCAUGAACUAUUAAAACUUUUUUCUUCGAAGGAAGUUGAGAAUCCUUCUGCACUUGUGGUGGACUUUAAGAAUAUACAUCUGCUUGAAGCAAAUAGGAUGAGAUGCAUUUCUGUGUUAAGAACUCUGCACCGAUCUCUUGGUGGGAAAUUCCCCAAUAUUAUGAAUAAAGAAUACUUAACUGAGCUCUGCUUUCAAAUGGCAUCAAUAAUCUUCUGCACCGCAUCGAGCUCUUAUAAGCUUUACACAACACCCGUGGAGCCACCAAGCCUUUUAGUUGUAGAUGAAGCAGCACAAUUGAAGGAAUGCGAGUCGGCAAUACCCUUGCAGCUCCCUGGUGUACGGCAUGCUAUACUUUUCGGAGAUGAGUGCCAAUUGCCAGCAAUGAUGUCUGAGAAUGCUGGUUUCGGACGUAGCUUAUUUGAAAGAUUGAGCUCACUGGGUUGGCCAAAGUACCUCUUAAAUGUGCAAUACAGAAUGCAUCCAGCAAUCAGUUCAUUUCCUAACACGGAAAUCUACUUGAAGCAAAUUUUGGAUGCCCCUAGCGUUAGGAAAAAGAGCUAUGAGAGACAGUUUCUUCCUGGGAUUAUGUAUGGGCCUUAUUCUUUCAUAAACAUUUACGAGGGACGGGAGGAGCAUGAUGAUGAUGGGCGUAGUCGAAGAAAUAUGGUUGAGGCUGCAGUGAUUGCUAAAAUACUUCAUAAUCUCCAUAAGACAUGGCGACACUCAACGCAGAGGCUUUCUGUCGGGGUUAUAUCUCCUUAUGCCGCACAAGUUGUGGCCAUUGAGGAUAUGUUAGGGAGAAGAUAUGAAAACCUUGAUAACUUUGGUGUGAAGGUGAGAUCUGUUGAUGGGUUCCAAGGGCGAGAGGAGGACAUCAUCAUAUUUUCAUCGGUAAGAUCUAAUAAUGCAGGAGAAAUUGGGUUUUUUUCAAGUUCUCGGCGUACAAAUGUGGCCCUCACCAGGGCAAGGCAUUGUCUUUGGGUACUUGGAAAUGAAAAAACUUUGAUGAAAAGUGAUUCAAUUUGGAAAAAGUUAGUCUUAAAUGCUAGGGAGCGUUGUUGUUUUUUCAAUGCCGAUGAAGACAAGAGCUUGACUGAAGCCAUCAUAGAUAUUAAGAAGGAGCUGAACCAACUCGAUGAGUUGCUUAAUAAGGAUAGUGUAGUUUUUAAAAGUGCGAGAUGGAAGGUUAUGUUUAGUGACAGUUUUGUGAAAAGCUUUUCGAAACUUCCAUCAACCAGGGCAAAGAAGUCAGUUAUGAAUCUGCUUGUGAAACUGUCAAAUGGCUGGAGGCCUAGGAAAGUAAAAGCUGAUCGUGCUUUUGAGAGCUCUGUACAGAUUGUUAAACAAUACAAAGUUGAAGGUCGCUAUGUUAUUUGCACAAAUGACAUUGCGAAAGAAUCUCAUGGGUAUAUCCAAGUGCUGAAGAUAUGGGAUGUGCUACUGGACGAUGUAGCGAAGUUGGUUAAAAGACUUGAUAAUAUAUACGCAACCUUCACUGAUGAUUUCCGAAGUCAUUGCAAGGCUCGGGGACUUGAUGGGGAGCUUGAAGUCCCAAGAAUGUGGAGUAAUUCAAUUGACAUUGUCCGUUAUAUAAGCAAUGAUGUCGAGCCAACAAGUGCUUGUGAUGGUGAUUUAGAUGUCACAAAUUAUGCUGAAAAUGCUAAAGUUAGCGAAAGUUUAUUGUUAAUGAAGUUCUACUCUCUGUCUGCUGGCUUAGUAGGUCACCUUCUGUCUGAUUCUGACGGUAAAGCUUUGGAUUUGCCUUUUGAACUAACAGACGAGGAGUUUCAGAUAAUUCGUCAUCAAAAAAGUUCCUUUAUUUUAGGAAGGUCUGGUACCGGAAAGACAACCGUGUUAACCAUGAAACUAUAUCAGAAAGAGCAAUUGCAUCACUUGACUCUUGAGGGCUUGGCUGAUGAAAAUAGAGACGCCACCGGUGUGACUGAUAGCCCCUCAAUAGGGAAUGGGGAGAAAGAAAAUGUCUUACGCCAGCUUUUUGUGACAGUUAGCCCUAGACUUUCUUAUGCAAUAAAAUCUCAUGUUUCUCAUCUGAAAAGUUUUGCCCGCAAUGAGAGUUCUAUGAAAAGUGACCCCAUUGAUGCUCUCUACAUCGAUGAUAGUGAUCAAUUUAGUGGUAUCCCUGACUCAUUUGUUGGUGUUCCUCCAAACUCAUACCCUCUUGUGUUAACUUUUACCAAGUUCUUACUAAUGCUUGAUGGCACAUUGGGUAAUUCUUACUUCGAAAGAUUCCAUGUAUAG